CUCGAAAAGCUGCGGCAAGAGGAGCAUGAUAAAGCAAUGUAAUAAUAAUACCCACAGGGGAAAUUGGGGGUUGUAAGAAACAGCCUGUAUACAAUGACGUAGGCUGCUGGCUGUUUUAAUUCUGAAGCUGCCGCAAGAGGAGCAUGAUGAAGCAAGAUGACCGACAGUGACCCAUAGAUUGUAUAAAGACAGUGACCUUAGUCAAACGUUCUAGCAGUUGUUGUCCCAUUAUCCACAUCGACCAAACAUCAUUAUUUUUUUAUCGUCGUAAUAGAUCUUUACCAAAUAGCCUGACAUUCUUUUGAAGAAACAUCGCCGAGGAAAGCGGACAGAUUUCGCCUUUCGGAGACUGCCCGCUAGUGCUUUCCCUGCGCAAAAAAAAAAAAUGGAUAAUGGCAAAGCAUCGGAUCAGAAAAGAACAUGCGCUUGCCAAGAGAAUGGUUUGACAAAUGGAUUCAAGCCUACACAAACUGACAACGGGAGCUGCAAUGUUUUAGGUUCAAACGGAACCAGUAGCAGUGGUAGUGGCGGGUGUAGUAGUAGUAGUAGUAGUAGUAGUAGUGGUGGUGGUGGUUGUAGCCAUAAUGGAAUUGAAAAUGUCCACCAUCUUCAGGAGGAUGCCCAUAAUAAUGGGUCGCCUCCAAAGCGGUGCAGACUCAGGAGAAGAAUGGAUUCUGGCAAAAAGAACCGACCGCCCUUCCCCUGGUUUGGGAUGGACAUCGGCGGCACCCUGGUGAAGCUGGUUUACUUUGAGCCUAAGGACAUCACGGCGGAGGAGGAGCAGGAGGAGGUGGAGAGCCUGAAGAGCAUCCGCCACUACCUGACCUCCAAUGUGGCCUACGGCGACACAGGCAUCCGCGAUGUCCACCUAGAGCUGAAAAACCUGACCAUGUGCGGCCGGAAGGGCAACCUGCACUUCAUUCGCUUCCCCACCCAAGACAUGCUGGGCUUCAUCCAGAUGGGCAGAGACAAGAACUUCUCCAGCCUGCACACCACACUCUGUGCCACCGGCGGAGGGGCGUACAAGUUUGAGGACGACUUUAGGACGAUCGCCAACCUAGAGCUACAGAAGCUAGAUGAACUGGACUGUCUUAUCCAUGGUCUUCUCUAUGUGGACUCAGUGGGGUUCAAUGGCCAUCCAAAGUGCUACUUUUUCGAGAACCCCUCUGAUCCCGAGAGUGAGAACUGUGUCAAGAAAGCAUGUUGCCUUGACAACCCCUUCCCCAUGUUGUUGGUAAACAUUGGCUCAGGGGUCAGCAUCCUGGCAGUCUAUUCGAAGGACAACUACAAACGGGUCACAGGCACCAGUUUGGGAGGUGGUACUUUCCUAGGCCUGUGCUGCUUGCUGACUGGCUGCGAGACUUUCGAGGAGGCCCUGGAAAUGGCAGCGAAGGGGGACAGCAGCAACGUGGACAAACUGGUGAAGGACAUCUACGGAGGAGACUAUGAACGCUUCGGCCUCCAGGGGUCUGCAGUUGCAUCUAGUUUUGGUCAUAUGAUGAGCAAGGAGAAGCGUGUCAGCAUCAGUAAGGAGGACCUAGCCCGAGCCACUCUCGUCACCAUCACCAACAACAUUGGUUCUAUUGCUCGUAUGUGUGCGGUGAAUGAGAAAAUUGAAAGAGUGGUGUUUGUUGGGAAUUUCCUGAGAAUCAAUACUGUGUCAACGAAGCUGCUUGCGUAUGCCAUGGACUUUUGGUCCAAAGGACAAUUAAAAGCUCUCUUCUUAGAGCAUGAGGGUUAUUUCGGGGCCGUCGGUGCCUUCCUGGAACUACUGAGGAUAACAGAUGACCUUUGAGACAGAGACAGACCGAGGCGAAACCCUAACUCUCACCACAAGACACUGCUACUGACUGGACGAAAUGGGGAAAAUACAUUUGAAUAAUUUAACUGUUUUAAGAGGUUCUACUAAUUGUCCUCCUCCUCGUCUGCUGAUGUUUAAGAAAAUAGAUUUUCAAUAUUAUGAAUGCAGGCUGGAGGAGAUGAGGUUGGUGUUUUAUUUGCCACUGAAAAGCAAACCUGGGUACCGAUUGUUUAUAAAAACCCCAACUGUAUAUUGAAUGUGUGAUUAAGCCAAACGCUACUGACCCCUGAUCCUUCGUGUGUAUUUGCUUUUGUUUACUUUUUUCGUGAUCUGAGACCCCCCCACCCCCCCUAAAAAAUGUUUAUCUUAUUGGUCCUUUAUUUGUUUAAUUUAAAUUGUAUAAAGUACUUACAAGACGCAAGUAGUUACAUUGAUCUUUAACUUAAAGCAUUAGCUUACAAUGAGCUUUUGCACUUUUCUUCUAAUCAAUCGUCCUAUCCCAAUGUUCUGUGAUAUGAUUUGAGAUAUAAUCAAAUGUAUUACCCUACUGAAUAUGUGAAUCGUACGCAGUUACUCUUAUCAACCCAUUCUGUCAACCCGUCAUCUGUGGAUUUGCCAAUUUGUGGAAUAUGGACCAUUAAGCAAUAGCUAAAUUUGACUGAUAAUGUUGCGGGUUGAUUUUGCUUAAUAAUACGCUGAAAAAUCUUAGAACAUUUUACAUAAUGCAUCUAUUUUUAUCAGUGGCAGUAGAAUGACCAGUGCCCAAAAUCCUAAGUCUGUAUUCACUUGAAUCCAGUAUUAUGUAUAUUCUUUCCUGUCCCAUGCCUUAUAAUUCCAUUGCUGUUUUACUGAAACAGUUCACUUUGGAACCAAGCCUUCAGUACUAAAUUAUCCUUAGAAACCUCACAAAAUAGACCCUGUCUGUGACUCCACUUUCCAGGGGAGUUGGGAUAUGCAGAAAAACACAUUUUCAAUUCACACAUGCGUAUUAAUACACACAUGCACGUGUUUGAAAUAAGACAAAUAUAAACAACCACCUAAUUAUCAUUAUUAAGUUCAUGUUCCUCAGCAAAGCCAAAUCACUGACUCACUAAGCAGUGCUACGCAAAGUGUUCACCUCUAUGUGAAGAGACUUUAACAAUAUUUACUUACUACAGUUGUUUUCAUUGUCAUCAAAGAUGGGGAUCAUUUAUGCCUGCCUUCCUACCUGUAAUAAUCAGUAUGUGCUUUAUGAUAGUCAUUUCAUAUUUGUUUUGGAUGUACUGUGCUGAGUACUCUAGUCGAAAGGAGAUUUGACUCUCCUACUGGAUCUCUUGGUUAAAUUUCAUGACAUUUCAUGAUGGCAUUUUGGUUUCAAGUGAAACUGCAUAGCUGGCCUGUGAACCGCUGUGAGCUGCAUACCCUUCUGCCUUCCUGUCCACUUCAGAGGGUCCCACGACCAACUUCCUCAUCCAAACAAUACAUCCAUGCUGUAUCUGAAAUGGCAUCCUAUUCCCUAUAGCGUGAUACUUUGGAACAGAUCACGCUUUUCCAUAUAUAAUUCACCAGUGGUGAUUUUAGCAUGUAAAUCUUGGUGUGGAAAACUCCCCCCCAAUUUUUUUUAGAUGCAUGCCAGCAAAGCCACUACACUACACAACACUAAACAAUACAUUAAUUGCACUAUAACAGUGACAAACGGUGCCCACAAACUGUUAGGGUCCACACAAAGCUGUCCCGACAGCAGAGCUUUCUUUUCAGCACCAUGGAGUGAAUCUUUACCACCGCUACACCUGGUUAUCAGCGGAGCCUUGUCUGGCAGCAAAACAAUUCAUUCAGCCUGGUUUACUGCCUUUAAAAAAAACAUAGAUGAUAUGACCAUAUCUCCCUGGCAUAUUACAUCAUUUAUGCAGCAGCAUUUAAGACAUUUUUGGACUCACCUUGCUGUGCGCGGCAGCCGUAUGUUGGCAAAUUUUGUCAUCAAAGAAAAAGAUUUACAAUUUUGAGUUGGAUGACUGUUCAAAACAUAUCUUCCCAGUCUGACUUCCCAGUUGCAAUGCUUGCUGUUAGCCACUGUCACCGAUUCCUUCCAAACAACUCAUUGUUGAAUUUGCGAUUUCCAAGUUGUUGUGUAAUGUUUAUGUCUAUGUAUUAGACAUUUAUCUUCAUUAUUUCUCUUCAUAUGACAAGGAUUAAAAAGGAUUUGCCAGUUGAUUUAUGAUGAUGACUGCUAGCUAAGAUUUUGAAAGUAAGAUGUUGACAUGAUCAGUCCAAUCAAAGCUACUGUACAUAUAACGUGAUUUGAUGUCAUUUUGUCUGUGGUCAUUGACGUUGAGCCUUCUUGGAAGGGCACUUCUAAUGUAACUCUAUGGGCAGCACCCAAAGGGCUCACAUUCUUGAUGUCUACCCUUGCUAAAGGCUAGUGAUGUAGUGUCCCCAUGAGUGACAGAACACUGAGCCAAUCACGGUGCAAUGCUCCUAUUUUCUGCUGGCCUGCCCCACCACAGAAAGCACUGAGCUAGGCUGAAACACCUGUAUUUUGGAGCUGCCUGUUUGUAUGCGGCUUUAUUAACUCUUUAUUAACAACUUUUUGUUGCAUUGUUUGCAAACUGAUAUGUGACAUGUAUUAAUGCCAAAAUAACAUGCAAAACAGCCCCCCAAAAAAAAAAAAAUACAUCUGCCCCACCUACCCUGAAUGACGGGUCGCCACUGUACAUCUGCUCCACCUACCCUGAAUGACGGGUCGCCACUGUACAUCUGCCCCACCGACCCUGAAUGACGGGUCACCACUUUUGACCAGGGCGAUGAUUUUGAUCAAUAGUAGCGCAUUAUAUAAGGAAUAUGAUGCCAUCUUGGACUCAUCCCCAAACUGACUUCCCUAAACAUCAUACGUUUAUUUUUUUUAUCCCAAUUUAACCUGGUGGAGUUUUCAGCUAUAAGUUAGGACAGAUUUUUAAAUGUGCUUUAUGAAUUGAAUUACUGCAUACAUGUCAUGGCAAAUAAUAUAUGUAACUCUGAACCUGAUUGAACUGGAUUACAGAGCUGAGUCUUGCUAUGAAUUCAGUUUUGCUUGUCGUCAUUAAAACUGUUCUCUAACCUGA